AUGUCGUCCGCCUCCGCUAAAACAGUCUCACCGGCGCGCAGGAGCUCGACGGCCACAACAGUCCCCUCGGAAAUCUUCAGCCAGGUGUCAGAUAUGGCACAUAUGGGAACACCGGAGUCAAGGCAAGUGUGUGAAACCAUUGGCUAUCCGGCGCAACGGAAGAGACAGGAGCCAUCUCCAUCCUCUCCGAGUGAGGGCAGUCCCAAAGACCAGCAUCAGCCGCAAAAGAAGCGGUCGCGGAAAGGGAACGACGAAGAAGAAGGCCAGAGUCCCGAGGACAAGAUGCUAGCGAAUCUUGACCUGAAAAGGUAUCUGCGGCUGGAUCCCCAGAAUUGUGAUAUUGAUAAGGAACGCCAGAGCGUCAUUGAGUCGGCCAUACUCCUCGCCAAGAGUGUGGCUAUGGCGGAGCCGCAGCUCAAACUGAACCGGGAAUGCCGUCCCAACUUUUAUAACCCUUCAAUGUAUCCAAGCGCCGAGUUUCUGCAUCUAUUGCUGCAUGAAUCCUCCAAAAGCUCCACACUCUCGUACUCUCUCGUACAUUUUUCAACUAUAUCCCAGCCACUAAUCGAGGAGAUGACUUUCUCUCUGAUCAAUUGCACUGUCCAUGGCCAGAAGAGGAUACAAUAUCUCAUCUGUGUUAACCAUGUGGCACAUGCUUUUCUCAUGGCCUUUUCAUCCGCCGCAAGCCGCGGCAUGCGCCAGCAACUAAGGCACUCUCAACAGAAGUAUCGCGAUAACAUGAUGACGACGAUUGCCCACCUUGAUACCGAAGUCCGACCAGAUAGAACGUUGAUGUAUGCUCUUCAGUCUGCGGCCAUGUUGAUGCAGGAAACCGGUCGAAUGCGACAAUGUUGGCGAUUCAACUCAUUAGCAUGCCAAGUCGGCGCCAUCAUCACUCAGAAUCCCUCAGCGACCAGGGAUACCGAAAGUGCGGACGAGAUCAAGUUGUUGCGCAUUACUUGCAUAAGGGCUUACGCUUUCAACUCGGCCUUAUCCGCCAACAUAUAUCAGCCAGCAUGCUCAGCAAAAUUGGACAUUGAUCGAUCUGUGUUGGAUACAGAAAAUCCAGAGGAUGCUGUGCUGGAAACCUUAUUGUCCUUUGCCGAGGUCCAGGAGGUAAUUAUCCAGGAAACGAAGAGUUGCACCAGCCACCAGCAGAGGUAUCAAAUGAACAUUGAACGAGUGGCAAGCCUCAAGCAUCAAAUGAGGAAAAUUCGGCUGAAAAUCGAAGAGUAUCGGGCAGAAUCUCGAUCUGCAACAGACGACUUUCUCCAAUUUGAGUGGCUCACUAUCGAUUUUGUCUUCUACUCCAUGAUGACAUCAAUCAUCCGCCUCGGUGCUACAGCGAACGACUCUCACGCACAUUUUUCAUGUUUGGAGAAUGCCCGCAAGUGUUUGUUCACCCUUAAGAACCUACUCGAAUCUUUAGACCAGUGCGCGAACCCUGACCUCUACGCAUGCUCUUUGGCCUGGGUCAUUCCAUUAUUCCCGUUGCGCCCGCUCUACUUUGUCUUCACCAACGUUGUCGCGACAUCCGACGCCCUCGACCUCAAAAUUCUCCAAGACGUGGCAAAAGGAUUGUCCAGAAGAAUCGACACAAAUCCUUCCAUCUUUGAAAUCCAUCGACUGUCUGUCUCCCUUAUUGACCUUUACACAAGCUACGCCGAUCGAGUCAUGCACUCGCUGGAAACGCAGCGCCCACAUAUGGCAACCCCGUCCACCCCAGGACAAAAUCAAGUAGCCGGCAAGGACCCGGAACCCAGGCAUCACAGGCCAAUACCAUCAUCACUCCUUUUCGGCUCUCAACUCGAUAAUGAGCUCGUGGGAGAGGUUUCUCGUGUUGACACCCCCUUCAACUCCGCCGAGAAUCAGCCACAUGAGAUGCCUCCAUGGGAUGCUUCUUUUUUCGAACAACAAAUUGAUUGGGACCUGUUCUGCGCUCAGCCCAUUCGGAAUAUUUUUCAAUGA